AUGGUGAAACCCUCUGAUUUCAAAGCAGUCCACAGACUUAUCCACUUACACUACACUCGAGUCGUCAACCCCGUCACAGUUACCCGCUCAAAGCUCUUCACUUCCUCUUCUCCGGCGGCUUCUCCUUCACAUGGGUUUACUCAGUUCCACCCCAAACCAAGUUUCCACACCUUUCCUUCCAUACCCACCACGAAAAACCUCGCCUUUCCUCAGAUUCACGGACAUGCCUCAGUUAAAAACGUGAACUUUGCAUCGGCGUUUAGGCUUUUUUCCACGUCUGGGUUACGUAAAGUCGACCGGAGUUUGGCUAGAAAGGUUGUUGAGAAACCCAUGAAAGCUGUAAGUUCGAGUUUUGGUAGGUACAGAGUGGCUUUAGGGUUGCAUGUAGAUGCGUUUUGGAAGAAGAAUAGUCUUGUGGUGUUUGGAGCAGGAGGUGUGUUCGUUUGUAUUUUUCUUUGGAGGGUUAUGUUUGGGAUUGCUAGCACUUUCGUUGGUCUCUCUGAGGGUAUGGCUAAGUAUGGGUUUCUUGCUCUCUCCUCUGCCAUUGUCGCAUUUGUUGGUUUAUACCUACGUGCAAGGUUCACGAUAAACCCUGAUAAAGUGUAUAGGAUUGCAAUGAGGAAGAUCAAUACAGAGGCUAAUAUUCUCGAAGUUAUGGGUGCUCCUCUGACAGGAUCAGAUCUACGUGCUUAUGUGAUGUCAGGUGGUGGCAUAACAUUAGAAAAAUUUAAGCCAACACUUAGGGGCAAGCGUUGCUUUCUCAUCUUCCCUGUUCAAGGUGCUGAGAGAAAGGGACUCGUUAGUGUUGAAGUCAAGAAGAAGAAAGGACAGUAUGAUAUGAAGCUAUUGGCAGUGGAUAUUCCAAUGGCGUCUGGUCCUGACCAACGCUUGUUUCUUAUUGGUGAUGAGGAAGAGUACAGAGUUGGUGGUGGUUUGAUCUCUGAGUUGAGAGAUCCUGUGGUCAAAGCAAUGGCAGCAGCUAAGGAGUUUGAUAAUCUUGACAGGAUUGAAGAGGAAGAAGACGAGGAAAGAGAACUUCUAGAAGCUGAAAGGGAGCAAGAAGACGCAGAAAGAGAACUUCAAGAAGCUAAAAGGGAGCAAGAAGACGCAGAAAGAGAACUUCAAGAAGCUGAAAGGGAACUUCAAGAAGCUGAAAGGGAGCAAGAAGACGCAGAAAGAGAACUUCAAGAAGCUGAAAGGAAGCAACGUGAAGAAACCGAGUAG